GUGUGUCUCACCGGGUGGAUGUAGUAGCGCUGCAGUAAAUCUCUCAGAGACCAGAGGUUUAGUCUUUAUUUUAUAUUUGACUGUAUUUAAAGCUAAUGGUGCGGAGCGUGUGUCUGCAGGUUAGAUUAGCUUAGGUGUGCUACAUGGCUAACGUGCAGCCUGAAGCGGACGUGGUGGAGUAAAUCCUUUAACUCUUAACUUAGCGGGUCAGUUUUUAAAACGCUGAACUAAAGUUGAAAACCGAUCGUGUUAACUUGUGAAGUGAUUCUAGCUGUAGUCAUUGUAAAGGACAUGAGCCGCUGCAGCACGCUGGUUUCCCAUGGAGACGGGAGACGCCUAAUCGGAUUUAGCUAGCGUUAGCCGGGCUAGCUAGCUCCUCUCACGUUUACCAGCUGGGAUUGAACAUGGCUGCAAAGCAGAGGGACAGGCCAUCCAAAAGUUUAUUCGAAGAUGAUGAUCUACUCGACAGCUUAUUUGAUGACAAAAAACCCUCUGUAAGGGGGAGAGCAGCUCGCGGUGGACCCUUGACUCGCUCCUCUGCCAGUGAUAACAUCUUCAGUAUGCUGGCGGAGGAGGUAAAGAAGGACGGUGGUGGAGACACUGAGGACCUGGAUGAUAUGGAUGCUGAACUUUUUGCAUCAAUAAAAAAGCCAAGUUCAGCUCCUGCACAAACAAAGACGUUGGGUAAGGAGGUGCCAAAGAAAGACUCCACUGCAUUAGAAAAUAAUGCAAACUCUGAGGGAGGAGAUGAACCCGGCACAGGAGGGAAGAAGCCAAACUCUGCACCUGCCUCAUCGGCUCGAAACUACAGGAAGUUCAGCUUCUCUGACUGUGGCGAUGAUGAAGGUCUUGGUCAGACUCCAUACAAUGACGAUCUAGAUGACCCCCUGGCCGACCUGCUCGAUGAUCUGCUUCCAGAUGAAACCAAGCCCGUAACUAAAGCCAGCGUGCAGCCACCCAAACCUGAGCAGUUAUUGCAAUCUCCUUCAGCAUCUCCCAUCUUUAAGAAUAGAACAUCUAAAGCAGCGAAGGCAUCAGCUGAUAUCACAUUAGAUGAUGAUAAGGACGACCUGAUGGAUGCACUUGGGUUUGACAGCGAUAAAAACAAUCCCAGGAAAAAAGAGACAUCGCUUUGGCCCAACAAGAAAAGGAGUGAGCCCCCUCAGAGAGCUCGCACUCGACUGGAUGAGAUUCUGGAGGGUUUGCCUUCACCUAGUCUUCUGGAGCGACCGCUCACAGGUGAGAGGAAGGAGCAGCCUCUGUCUCGAGAGAGGCAGCAGCAGGGGAAGACCACCGGUGUCGAAGAACAGCGUUUAGAAGAGGAUCUCACAUUUGGGUCCUAUCAGCCCACUUUGGGAUCCAUGCCUGAAGGACGUCAGUCCCGCAGACCGUCAGUCAGAUUUUCCACAGAGGACGUCAGUGUCUCUACUACAGACAUGAAGCCCAAACCCACCACCCCCACACCAGCACGUCACCGCAACUCAGCCGACUGGUUAGGCCUCAAGACAAAUGAUGAUAAUACAUUUCUAAAGGAUGAGACUAAGACUUCAGCAGAGUCUCCAAAUGCUCCUUCCUCUCCCUUACUGGAGAGAAAGCCCUCGCUGACUGGUAGUAAUACCACAUCUACUGCAAGAAUGCCAGCGGAGACCCAAGCCAAACAAACCAAGCCUGAGGUUUCCACAACCCAGAAGAAAGAAGAGGAAGAUGAUUGGUUAGCCGGAGUACUGAGCAGGAAGAAGACUGUGUCAGCUUCAAACUCUGAGGCACAACAGUCCAAGCAGGAAGAUUUAUUUGAUCAGGGAGAAGAAUUGGAUCUGGAGUCAUUUGUUAGUAAACCAGUCACUUCACGGGCUCCCAGGGGCAGAGAGGAGAAUGUGUCUUCUUUCAGAGAAACUAGCCCUGCUGCUCCCCCCACCCCUGUCGGAGAGGAGACAGCUGAGCAAGAUUACCCUCCUCAGCUAACUGGUCCUAUGCCAGUCUCUGCUUCUAGCAUUAGCCAGCCUCAGUCCAGCAAGGGAGCCAGGGUACGAAGAAGGCCCAAUGAGGCUUCGUAUGAAUUCCUGCAACAGCUGCCAUCGCCCAACCCUAUAUCUACCACACUGCCAGGCACAAAUGAGCUUCCACAACAAAACAAAAUGCCAAACACAUCAACUACUGUCCAGCAACAGGCGACAUUUUCAGCAGACAAUCUGCAGCAGCUGCUCCAACAACAACAGAUGCAGAUGCAGUCUCAGUUGCUGAGUUUCGGGGGGGUAGUGGAUGCAGGGGUCCAGCAGAGACUCAUAGAGCAUCAACCUGGAGGUUAUCCAGCUUUGCAGGUUCGCCUCAUCCAGCUGGAGGGACAGGUGAAGACCCUGCAGCUGGAGCGAGACCAGAGCCAAAUGAUGCUAGAGAGUGUCCAGCAACAGCAUAAACAGGAUAUGGAGCUCAUGGAGAACACACACAAGGCUCGUGUGAAGCUGCUCGAGGAAUCAGCUGCCCAGAGGGAGAUGCGUGCGCGGCAGGACUAUGACGACCUAAUGGAACGCCUGGCCGCGGUAACACGAUCCGCUGAGCAGGAACGCUCAGAGCUGCAGGCCCAGUACCAGCGCAAACUGGCCCAGGCCCAGCAGGAGAGAGACCGUGAGGUGGAGAGACUCAGAGACCUCCAGAGGAAAUCUAUCUCUGAGAUGAAGAAAGACCACGAGGACCAGCUCCAGAGACUCAAGAGGUUGAAAGAUGAAGAGAUUGAUGCAGUUACAAGUGCAACAUCUCAGACCAGGUCUCUCACAGUGGUGAUAGAGCAGAUGGAGCAGUUCUCCUCUCGGCUGGGAGAGCUUUCAUCCCGGGUGGAGAGCACACAUGAACACACGGCGCAUGGCCUGGAGCAGGGAGCACGGCACAGAGACGAGCAGCUUAGAAUUAUGCAGGACCGGUUGGCUCAGCAGCAGAAAGCCAUGGCAGAGGAGAGAACUCACCUCAAGGAAAUCAUUUCCAGGAUGGACACUCAGCUCAAUGAGCAGCAGAGACAGCUCGAGAAGGAACGCUGGAAGGUGACAGGAGAGCAGGCCAAGGCAGAGUCUACACAAAGAGGCCUGGAAGAAGAGAGGCGGUCCCUUACCAUGCAGAUCAGCAUGGAGAGAGAGGAGCUGGAAAGAGCCAAGAGCGCAUUACUGGAGGAGCAAAAGUCAGUGAUGCAGCAUUGUGCAGAGGAGAGGAGGAAGCUGGCAGCUGAGUGGGCCCACUUCCAUGCCCUCGAGAAGCAGAGGCACGAGAGGGCUGAGCGAGAGGUCGGCAGCCUCUUGGAGAAGAGAGAGGGCUCCAUCCUCAGCCUGGCACAAGAACAAGCCGACCUGAAGCUCAGAACUGCAGAGGUAAAACAGAAAGAGAUGUCCGUGGCACAGGAGCGAGAACAUUUGGAAAGACUAAGAGAAGAACUCAACAGAGAGAAAGAUAAAAUAAGCAGCACGGGCCUGAGACUCAAAACACGAGCCCAGGAGGUGGAGGCCUUCAGCAAACUCGCUGCAGACAAGUAUGAGGAAGGAGAACGAGCGUUGCAGGAGGCAAAACGUGUGGAGGCUGACCACGAUGCAAGGCUCAGAAAUAUCCAAACCCAAACAGAGCGGCUGAGGCAGCAAGAACGAAUCCUUCAGGAGAGAAUACGAGUAAAUCAACAACAGAAGACAGAGAGACUUGUGGAGGAGCCUCAUGUCACAUCACUACAACUGAUUCCACCCAUUUUACCAGAUUCAUUGAUGACAAACCCUGAGCUGUCAUCAACCCUGAGUGCCCCCCCUUCCACUUCAUUUGCCAAUACUAAGCCCAUGAUGCUUCAGGCCAGUCUGGCUCUAUGGAAGUACACAGCAGAGAAGGACCGAGAAUACCUCCAGGAGGAGAACAUCUUUCUAGAAAAUUUAAAGAAGAACAGAUCGUCCUUCAACUCAGAUUGGACAAUGCGUACAGGGCAUCUUUAAGAGGAUCAUUGUUACUCUUAAUUAUGUUGAAUACUUGAAUGUGCCAUGACACUUUUUAUACAUUACUUUUUAAAUAAACACGG